AUGAUAAAAGGGGAUGCACACCUUGCUGGAAAACACUGGGAUAAAGAAGAGGUUACUGAGGUGAAUGUUGCUGAUCGUAGCGAGAUUUACUGGAAAGAAAAACAACUGCUGGUUGGAGCAGCAGAAGAAAAUCCAGACAAAUAUGAAGCACAACUAAAAAAUAAACAAUUACUAAAUAAACUUAAUCUUACAGAAAACUUUAACCAAAAACUGAAAACUGCAGAUGUUCUGAAAAUAAGUAAACCAUGCACAGAGAAUGAUAGGGUUCAAACUUUCCUACAAAGGCUGCUGCUGAUGAACUACAGAGCAAGAUGUGGAGAAUCUGGUCAAAUUAUCCAAACUCAGAUACCGUCAGUUACUGAUAAUGAUGAUGAAGAUGAUUUUUAUACUGACCUUUUCAAAAGCUCUUCUGAAGAAGCAGUUCAGUCCAGUCUUGUUCACCCCAUGGAUGUUCAGAUGGCCGUGUUCCACUGCUCAGAUAGUUUCCUAAAGCAGCUGAUAGUGACGAAGCUUUCACAGUGUCAGUAUGCUCUGCCUCUACUGGUGCCAGAUCCCUUCACAGGAGAGAUUGAGUUUCCACUGUGGACGUUCCGACAGAUCAGGAAGAGCUGGAAAAGCACUAAUAACUUAAUGAAGAAAAUCAGCAAAGAAAAAAGUAUUGCUACUCUAGAAACUCCAGUGGUUUCAUUUUUCAGGCUUGGUACCACAUCAACAUCAAAGUCUCAGCUGAUGAACAGACUGAUCAAUGAAAAACACGACACGUUCUUCCACAGGGACUGUCCAGGCAGCAGCAGAAAUCGUCUACUGAUGGACGGAGUGGUGGAGAUUGCCUGGUACUGCCCGUCUGGGAAAAGUACUGAUCAUUUCACUGAUUGUGUGGCAUUCUGUAAUCUACACGGUGAAGCAGAAACUCAUGAGAAACAGCUGGAGAUUCUGACUGAAAUGUCCUCAGUGAAUGUGGUGGUUUUAGGUGAUCAAGAAAAAAACAUAAGAUCAACAAAGUUGCAGAAUCUUUAUAAACUGUCAACACCUAUGAUUUGUCUUCUGUCUGAGGAAUCUUCAUCUGUCACUCAGUUGAAGUCUGGAAAAUACAGAAUUGGAAUUAAAAACAGAAAUCAGUCUGAUGUGUCUGCAGAACUAAGAAAAACUAUUGGAGAAUUAAUUUCUAAAACUUUCACACUCGAAAAGUUGGCAGAACUCUCAGAUAUCAAAGUUGAUGAAGAAAAUGGAGAAUGCAAGCAAGGCAAAGAUUCAGCCAAAACAAUGAUAAACUUCCUAGAUAAAAAAGACAUUUUCACAAUGAAGGAAACUCAUUUACCCUGCCACGGGAUACUGUGGAAAAACUGGUGUCAGAAGAACAAGGAACUACAUCGACCUCAAGAUGGCAACUUAGAACUAACGAAAAGCAGACUACGAAUGGAAAUGGAGAAAAUCCGUGAGCAGCAGAAAGCAUGUGGCCUCACUGAAUUCAUGGAUUCAUUUAUAGAAAAACUGAAUACACAAACUGCUGAAGAGAUGAGAUAUUUUCUUAAAUGGAUCACCAUCUUUCUGGACAAGCACAACUCAGAUCUGUCAUUCCUCCAGAAGGAUUAUAAUGACAAGUGGACGAAGAUCUUGAAUCUAAAGAAGAAGCAUGAUAAAUCUGGGCAACUAGAGAAGGAACAAACAGAACUUGAGAACAUUUCAGACAGUUUUAAUGCUGCAACUUUUGGCUUAGAGCACAUCUUUAGAGAGAUUGGUCAGAUAUAUGAAUCACACAUGUCUGUGAAGAAAAAAAAAAAACAAUCAGAAGAAAAACUGAAUAGAUUUUGUCUACCAGAACUUGCAGCAGAACUGAUUAUAUCAGGAUAUCCACUGGAGCUGAUGGAUGGUGAUGCUGCUCAUGUUCCUCUGAUCUGGGUUUCUGCAGUUCUGGAUGAACUAAGCAGGAAACUGGGAGACCAGAGAGUCUUUGUGUUUUCAGUUCUGGGACUUCAGAGCUCAGGGAAAUCCACCAUGCUCAACGCCAUGUUCGGACUCCAGUUUGCAGUCAGUGCUGGAAGAUGCACCAGAGGAGCCUUCAUGCAGCUGGUGAAAGUGUCUGAGGAGAUGAAAGGGGAACUGAAGUUUGACUACAUUCUGGUUGUUGAUACUGAAGGUCUUCGUGCUCCUGAACUGGCUGGAAUGUCAACAAGACAUCAUGAUAAUGAACUGGCAACAUUUGUUGUGGGUCUUGGAAACCUGACUUUGAUCAACAUCUUUGGAGAAAACCCAUCAGAGAUGCAGGACAUCCUUCAGAUUGUUGUUCAGGCCUUCAUGAGGAUGAAGAAGGUCAGACUGAAGCCCAGCUGUGUGUUUGUUCAUCAGAAUGUUACUGAUGUUGCAGCUGGAGAUAAAAACAUGGAAGGAAGGAGACGUCUGCAGGAGAAACUGGAUGAAAUGACAAAUCUUGCAGCUAAAGAAGAAGUUUGUGAGGCAGAAAGUUUCAGUGAUGUCAUUGCAUUUGAUGUACAGGAAGAUGUGAGAUACUUUGCACAGCUCUGGGAGGGCAGCCCACCAAUGGCUCCACCAAACCCAUCGUACAGUGAGUGUGUUCAGGAACUGAAAAAUACCAUUCUCAAAAAAGCAUCUACAACUCACACUCUGACACUGUCCGAAUUCAGCACACGAUUAAAGGACUUGUGGAGCGCACUCCUUCAUGAAAACUUUGUGUUCAGCUUCAGAAACACACUGGAGAUUACAAUUUACCGAAAACUGGAAGCUGAAUUUAGUAAAUGGACCUGGAACCUGAGAAGUGCCAUUUUGAGUAUAGAAGACAAACUUCUGAACAGAAUAGCAAAUGGAGAUCUUCAUGUGGGUGAAAAAGACCUUAUAGGAAAUAUGAAGAAGACACGAGAGGAAGUGACAAAGUCAAUGAUGCAAUUCUUUGAGGAGGACAAGGACAAAUACACUCUGAUUCAGUGGAAAAGCAGAUUCACUUCUAAAAUUGAAGAACUUCAUGAUGAUCUGAUCAGAGAAACAAAAAGAAAACUGUGUGAAGUCAUUGAGCAGAAAAAGACUAAAGAGACGCUGGAGAAAAGAAAGACAGAUUAUGAAAAGAAGCUCUUUAAUCUGAGCAAGGAGCUGGCUCUGAGGCAAAACAAGGAAAAGACAGAUGAACAAACACUCAAGAGAGAAUUUGACAAUGUGUGGAAAAAAUGGAUCACUGACCCCAAACAAGACACACCAAAAAUUAAGGACAUUGAUUUUUGGGAGGAUGUUAGAAGAAUCUUGUCUGAAAGCAAUGAAACGUCCCUUGUGCAUGAACGUCUUUCCCUAAAAGCCUAUAAAAACAUUGACAUCAAUGUUUCCAACAAGAGUGAACAACCUCAAACUCAAACAAAGGGAGGAUGGGCUUCAAACUUUGUGCUAUUUGUCCGUAACAAGCUCACGAAGAAUAAGGAUGUUAAUGCAGAAGAUGAGAUCUUAAUAAGGGAUCUAAUUAAUGACAUUGUUGAGAAAACAUCAAAGUCAGCUGAGGCAAUAUGGCGUACACAGUCUGGCUACAACAGUGGUCAGGUUCAGGAAAUAAUAGAAUUAGUCAAAAACACUGUAAAGAAAUAUCAAACAAAAAAACAGAGCUACUUGUUUAGCAGAGAGCUUACUGUGGAUCUUUGCCUGUUUGCAUGUAAUUUUACAGAACCUACAUUUCUGGAGUGCCACGAACAAUUCACCAAAGCAAAUGAUCCAGAACAUUACCUGGAGAAUCAGAAGGAGCAGUAUUAUAAUGUCUACAAGAACUUCUGCCAAGGUGCCACAACAACAGCAAUAUUUGGAGAACUUCUCUGCAGCAAACUUGAACCAUCAAUCCUGGAAGCAGUUUACAAUGAAAUUGCUAUAAAUGUGGCAGCAGAAAUGAGGGCUUCAAUUCCUGCAUUAAUGAGUAACAGAUCAAACCUGGAGAAGCAUAUCCUUAAAACGCUUGCAGAGAAGGAGAACUUUGAGGACUACAGAGAGUACAUUCACAAUCCCAAACAGUACUUCACAAGAUUCAUCAGGAAUCAGGCUCUCAAGUACCUCAAUAAUGAGAAAAACAAGAUUCAGACCAUUUUCAGAGGAAAUCUGGAAAACAAAAACCUGAAAAUUAACAAUGCAGUGUUUGUUGCUACAGACGAGGUCUUAAAAAAACAAGGAAAUGCCAACAUGUGGAUGGGAUGCUUCUCCAAACCUCUGAAAGAAGAUUUGAAAUUCAGUGAAAUCUCAAAUGUUGAUUUCAUGGAAAUUACAGAUUUUGAUUUUCUUUGCAAAAUUGUAACUGAAGGUCUUACAAAAAUGGUGAAAAAACUACAUGAAGCAGAUAUAAAUCUGGAAAUGCUCCAGAAGAGGUCAGAGAAGAUUCUGAUUGAUCAUUUCUGUCAGUGUUGCUGGGCCCAGUGUCCUUUCUGUAAAGCCAUCUGCAUCAGCACAAUGAAAGACCAUGAUGGAGAACACUGUGUUCCUUUCCAUCGGGCAGAUGGAAUCAUUGGGUGGUAUUACAGCGUAACAGGGGAUCUCGGUUGUGAUUUCUGUACCACUUUGGUCCAGACUGAUAAAGGAUUUUUCCCCAGUGGAGAAUCAAAGUCAGUUCCUUACAAACAGUACAGAACAGCAGGAGGAAAGUACGCUACCUGGAACAUCACCCCCGACUGCUCUGAGAUGCCGUACUGGAAGUGGUUUGUGGGCAGAUUCCAGAAGGACCUGGAAAACCUUUACAGUAAAAAAUUCCAGGGGUCAGGAAAAAUUCCUGAUGAAUGGAAGAAGUACACCAAGGAGGAUGCUUUAGAGAGUUUGAACAAUUACAUAUAAAGACAAAGGAAGGUUAAAUGAAAUCAUUCUCGUAUAUAAUGGCUUCUUGCA